UCAAAUUUUAUGUUGUAUUUAACAUCUUAGGUCUUCAUUUUGAACAUCUUGCUGUUUCACUGUCCUUUUUUUUUCUCGCGCGUGCGCGGUAGAAGCUCUCUAACGCAUUAUAGUACUGUAACUAGCUACUGCUAACAGGCUAACGUUCUUCCGCUGAAACAAAGGUGCGGUCCAGUCCGGUUUGCUACCGACCUUGUACCUAUCGGCACCAGGUUCAAGUUGUUAACACAGAACCGAUUGUGACGCAGAUUGUGCGGUGAUCGCGCUGGUUACAGUUAGCGCGCUAUUAGCAUCAGAUGUUAGAGCUGUCUUGGCUCCAGCAGCAGAGAAUCAAAACAAACAAGCGAUCAGCCCGAGAGCAGGACAACAUGGCGACGGAGGAGAAAAAGCCAGAGGCAGACAGCAUCAAACAGACUUCCUCCUCGUCCGGAUCCGGCAGCAAGUCUAAUCCGACUAAACCAAACUACACGGUGAAGUUCACGUUGGCCGGACACACGAAGGCAGUUUCCUCUGUGAAGUUCAGCCCUAAUGGAGAGUGGCUCGCCAGCUCCUCUGCUGAUAAGCUGAUAAAGAUCUGGGGUGCAUAUGAUGGAAAGUUUGAGAAAUCCAUCGUUGGACACAAACUGGGAAUCUCUGACGUCUCCUGGUCUUCAGAUUCCAACCUGCUGGUUUCUGCCUCUGAUGACAAAACGCUCAAGAUCUGGGACAACAACUCGGGGAAGUGUCUGAAGACUUUAAAAGGCCACAGUAACUACGUGUUCUGCUGUAACUUUAAUCCUCAGUCCAACCUGGUGGUGUCUGGAUCGUUUGAUGAGAGCGUCCGUAUCUGGGAUGUGAAGACAGGAAAAUGCCUGAAGACCUUGCCGGCGCACUCCGACCCUGUCUCUGCCGUUCACUUUAACAGGGAUGGAUCGCUAAUUGUCUCCAGCAGCUACGAUGGACUAUGUCGUAUUUGGGACACGGCGUCAGGACAAUGUUUAAAGACGCUCAUCGAUGAUGACAACCCUCCAGUGUCUUUUGUGAAGUUUUCUCCCAAUGGAAAAUACAUACUGGCUGCUACUCUGGACAAUACAUUAAAGCUUUGGGACUACAGCAAAGGAAAGUGUUUGAAGACCUACACCGGCCAUAAGAAUGAGAAAUACUGCAUCUUUGCCAACUUCUCUGUCACCGGAGGAAAGUGGAUUGUGUCUGGUUCUGAGGACAGCAUGGUUUACAUCUGGAACCUUCAGACCAAAGAGGUUGUUCAAAAACUACAAGGACACACAGAUGUGGUGAUCUCCACCGCCUGUCAUCCAACAGAAAACAUCAUCGCUUCAGCUGCUCUGGAAAAUGACAAAACCAUCAAACUGUGGAAGAGUGACUGUUAGAAGGGAGGAUGGGUCCAGAAACUUGAGCUGUCUGCGUUCAGUCCCGAACAAGUCUUGAUCAUCUCUCAUCUGUCUAAUCUGUGACACAAACUGUCCGAGCAACUGGCACCGUCCGACCUAAACCACAAGAGUCCUUUCACAGUGCUUUGACCAUGGUAAAGAUUUGGAACAAAGUUACUAUGUUUGAUGUUUCACUGAUUUUGAUUUUACCUGAGUUUAGUUGGAAUCCUGAAACAAGCUUGUUUACAACAGCCUGUUCCAUCUUUAAAGGACCAGUUCAGUGUUUUACCACUUCAGAGAAUAAAUGUUACUUCACAGAAGUACUUAACUUUUAUUUUUUUAAUUCAUUUUAUUUUUAUUGUAUUUUCAGUGAGCAAUUCCUUACAUGUCAGUGGCUGAGCCAGUUGAAGACGUGGUUUUAUGACGGCACGUUUUUUUCCGCUAUAAUAAGUAUCAGUCUAAUUUAUUACAGGAAAACAGUUUGGGUCUGUGCUGCAUUCGCUGACUCUGUCGUGUUGGCUCACUGAACAUGAUGACUUUGUCAAUAACACGUCUUUGAAAAAGCUUUUGUCAGUUAUUUGUAAAUAAAGGUUUUUAACUUUA